CAGCCACUGCAUCUCAUUGAAAUUCUGGAAGCGGCUCUUCUUCUCCCGGGUUAAGUGAAGUUUUGCAGAGCCUUUGUUCUGCUUGUGAAUAGUUCCUGCUGGAAGCCCAGGCAGGAUAACUGGGUAACAGCAGAUCCCACACCCAGAGACCAGCGCUCCCCAACACUAGAAAGACGUGCGCAGAUAUCACACCAUCCAGUGGAACAAUUCAGCACCAUAAAAUUUCCAUCUUUAUUGAACAAUAUGUUUCAUACAUAAACCAAACAGGCCAAAAAAAAUUAAUAGCAAUCCUAGACGAAAAACGUCCCUUAUAGCCAUGUCAUACAGACCAACUACUUACUUACUGCUGAGAACAUACACAUAAAAGUUACUGGAAUGCUAAGAUGCCAUGACACGGGAGGAGCAGGGCAGAGAGGAGCUGGGCUAUGAGCGGACGUCCACCCUGGAGCGAGGACGGCAGGACACUGGCAGUUAUGCCCCGGACACCAAGCCCAAUGACCUGCAGCUGUCCUCGAGGCUGCCCCACUGCUUCAGCCCCAGGACCUGGGUCCUCUCUGUGCUGAUGGGGAGCUGCCUGCUGGUUACCUCGGGAUUUUCUCUCUACCUGGGAAAUGUGUUUCCUUCUGAAAUGGACUACCUACGCUGUGCUGCUGGCUCGUGCAUUCCCUCAGCAAUCGUGAGCUUUGCUGUAUCAAGAAGAAACAUCAACACGAUUCCUAACUUCCAGAUACUGUUUGUUUCCACGUUUGCGGUUACCACCACAUGUUUAAUCUGGUUUGGAUGCAAGCUUGUCCUGAACCCAUCAGCAAUAGACAUAAAUUUCAACCUGAUCUUGCUCCUUCUGCUGGAGCUCUUCAUGGCAGCCACAGUGAUCAUAUCUGUACGGUCCAGCGAAGCCUACGGCAAGCAGAAGAAGGGUACCAUCUCUGAGAGCACCAACAUUUUGUAUGAAGUCACAUUUCCUGCUCGAGUGCUGAAAUCUUAUUCAGUCAUUGAGGUGAUUGCCGGCAUCUCUGCUGUCCUGGGUGGGGUCAUCGCUCUGAACUUGGACGACUCUGUCUCAGGACCACACUUCUCUGUCAUCUUCUUUUGGAUCUUAGUGGCCUGUUUUCCAAGUGCCAUUGCCAGUCAUGUGACAGCAGAGUGUCCCAGCAAGUGUCUGGUGGAGGUGCUGAUUGCCAUCUGCAGCCUCACGGCCCCUCUACUGUUCACGGCCUCGGGGUACCUCUCCUUCAGUGUGCUGAAUGUCAUGGAGAUGUUUAAGGAUUACCCACCAGCCAUCAAGCAAUCGUAUGAUGUGCUCCUGAUGCUCCUGAUGCUGGAGCUGCUGUUGCAGGCAGGCCUCAACACGGGGACAGUCAUCCAGUGUGUGCGCUUCAAGGUGGGCAUGUCCUGGGAUGGCCCCCAGACCAGCCAGCAGGAGCGCCCAGUGGGUGAGGUGACCAGAAGCCCCUUGAAGGAAUUUGACAAGGAGAAAGCCUGGAGAGCCGUCAUGGUGCAGAUGGCCCAAUGACCAGGAUGGGGACACCAAGUCAUAGGCCCACCAGCCCCCAGCACAACCACUGACACCCUGAACAACUCACUUCCCCUGUGUGAUGCCAGCCCAGCUGCAAGGUGACUUCCGUUCCUUAUGAUAGUUUAGUUUUGAAAGAGGCAAACGUAGGCCACUUUCUGCUGACCAGAUGAGUCAGUUCAGGACUUCCAAGGUGCCUGGCCACACUGCAGCAGUGUGCAUUCAGACACUUCUCAGUGUGUGGUGGGCACCUUCAGCACUCUGGUCAGGGGAUUUAUGUUUCUCUUCUGAGAGGUGCCCAGGUUGAAGCCAGUCUCCUGCACACAUUUCCAUCACUGAAAAUUCUGGGUGUUUCUCCAGAUCACAGAGGGAGGACAGCUUGAUAGUAGUGUUCUGCUCCUGUGUCCUGGUCCUCUCUGACACUAAGCCCUUUAUCAAAACCUGCACUAAGAUCACACAUCUAACAGCCUUGUUUUCAGGGUGGAGCCUUGUCCAAGACUUGGAAAAGGGAAUGGGUCACUUUUUUUUUUGCACAAUUCCACCCUUUCCAAGUCAAGUUUUUUAUUUCAGAUAUACAAAGAGAGACAGAGGGAGAAAUGCCACCACACCACUGUUUGCCCAUCUGUGAAGCUUCCCUUAGUGCCAAGGUGGUGCUGAGGCUUAACCCCAAGGCCUCACACAUGGUAAUGCUCAUGCUGUACUGGGUGAGCGCUAUCUCCUAGCCUGCACAUCUCAGAAUCUGGAUGGUCUUGGAGCCUGGGUAUGGCUGAUCCCUCCUUGCCUCCUGCCAUACUGAUCCUGCUCCCACUCCCCUUACCUUGCUUAGAAUGCAGGACAGACACCCUCAUUUCCACCCCCGGGAUGUGAUUCCCCUCUGUCUCCUAACAAAUUGUUAAUUUUGAUCUUCACUUAACUGAAGUCUGGCCCAGGCCUGAGUUCUCUUCCGUUUGUCACUGUCCACCUACCAGACUGCAGGGACACAUCUAAGAAUCAAAUUUGUGCCAUCUCUUUGACCCCAGAGUACAACUGGAACUUUCCAGGGUUACUCGCUUCUCCCAGUUGACACAGGAAACAGUAAAUCCCCAGUGAAUUGGGAAACCUUCCUAAAGUAGAAAUGUUCACUGUUUGGGGGCUGGUACUUUCAUCCCCAAAGCUGCACAUCAAAGCUGUUCUGUUUUUUUCCUUCCAGUAUAAGCAACUAAACAGUACUGUUCAGGAAGAUGCCAGAAUGUGAUCCUUCCAAAGCUGAGGUACCUUCGUGUAGCUCUGGGAGGUGAGAACUGGCUGGGUGAGAAGUGUACCCCUGAAGGGCCCAUCUGGUUUCUCAUUCUAAGCACCCGAAUCUGAUUGCCAGGGACUCCUGUGGCAUUAAGGCAAACCAGGGCAUUACUCUUCAGCAAGGACGGCAAGUUAAAAGACCCCUGACAAGUACAGCAAGCCUGAAAGUCUUAUCUACAGACCCGACUGGAUGCUCGGACUUCUUAGCAGAGGGCCAAGCCAGUUUUUCCUGCUGUUAUCACCAGCAGUUCUGGAAGCGAGGGAUAGAGCCAGGGCCCAGGCAGACAAAUCUUGGUCAUUACCCCAAGGACAGUGAUGUUCUUCUCCUCUGCACAUCUGCAGACCCUGACCUUCCCUGAUGCCUCUGGGAGGCUGUGUAGAGUCUCAGGCCCACAAGGACAGCCUAGGUGAAAUGGUGGAUUUUAAGGGGUCCAGAAAUUCUGAAUUGUGGAGUUAAAAUUAGGCAACUGGGGACUUAAUACUAAAAGCUUGUACUUUGUACUUUAGUGAGAUCUUGAAACAUCCAAAUAGAAUUUUUUAAAAGUGUGAUUCUAUCUCUGUCAAUUUACAUUUUAGUUCAAUAUAGUUUGAUACCACCUGAACAAUAAAUGCUAACACAUAAA